CAUCUCCAAUUUGAAAUCUCUCGUGUUCACAUUUUAAUUUCUUUCAACCAUUAACGCUUUUCAAACCACCCUCUACUAUUUUUUUUUUUUUUUUUUUUUAAUUUCAUGGAAAUAUCUCCGUUCCCAUUUCUCAAUCAAGAAGACGAGUGUUCCCAUUUCUCCUCCUGGUUCCAGGAUAUGGAUAACUUGAGUAGUUUUGAAAUCGGGAACAACAACAACGACAACUCUAAGAAGCGGCAGAGGAAGGAGGAAGAAGAUGGUGAAAAGAGAUUCACCACCAAGGAACCGAUAAACAAUAACGGAUUUGGAGAUAUACUUGCUUCUCUGCUGUUGUUGGAUGAGGAGGCGAAGCAGGAGCAGGAACGCUGGACCAUUGCUUCAGAGCAAGAUAAGGCCCUUUUUGAGGCUAAUCACAAUCAGAAGGUGAAAGCGAUGGAUGAUUACUAUGGCCAACUGCAAGGUCAUUACUCUGAAUUGGAUGAAUUGGAUCACGUGCGAACCAAACGUGCUCGCAAAUCAGCCUCUGUUGCGGCUGCUGCUGCCAGUGCCCCUGCACCUAUUGAGAAUGCGGGUUCUCAAAAACAAGGGCAGCAGUCGGGUAGCGGGCCAAGUGGGUCGGGUCAUCAGAGGCGGCUGUGGGUCAAAGAGAGGUCUACGGAUUGGUGGGAUCGGUUUAAUCAGCCCGAUUUUCCGGACGAGGAGUUCCGUCGGGAGUUCCGCAUGAGCAGGGCAACGUUCGACAUGAUUUGCGAGGAAUUGGACCCGGUGGUGAUGAAGAAAAACACGAUGCUUCGAGACGCGAUCCCGGUUCGCCAACGCGUCGCGGUGUGCAUUUGGAGGCUGGCCACUGGUGAGCCGCUUCGACUAGUGUCGAAACGGUUCGGAUUGGGGAUUUCAACAUGUCACAAGCUGGUGCUAGAGGUAUGUUCAGCUAUACGCACCCUUUUAAUGCCCAAGUUCUUGCAGUGGCCCGACGAUAACAAGUUGCAGAUGAUCAAAGAGGAAUUCAAGUCCAUGUCUGGAAUACCUAACGUGGGUGGAUCGAUGUAUACGACCCAUGUGCCAAUCAUUGCGCCGAAGAUCAGCGUAGCUGCUUAUUUCAACAAGAGGCACACUGAAAGGAACCAGAAGACAUCUUAUUCCAUUACCGUUCAAGGAGUUGUGGAUCCCAGAGGAAUCUUCACGGACGCGUGCAUUGGUUGGCCUGGCUCCAUGAAUGACGAUCAAGUACUGGAGAAAUCUGCUCUGUACCAAAGAGCCAGUAGGGGUCUGUUGAAGGAUGUUUGGAUUGUUGGCAACUCUGGUUUCCCAUUGAUGGACUGGGUUCUGGUCCCAUAUACUCAUCAGAACCUGACAUGGACCCAACACGCUUUCAACGAGAAGAUUGGGGAGAUUCAAAAAGUUGCUAAAGACGCAUUUGCUAGACUCAAAGGCAGGUGGGCUUGCUUGCAAAAGAGAACUGAGGUGAAGCUACAGGAUUUACCAGUUGUGCUCGGUGCUUGCUGCGUUCUGCACAACAUUUGCGAGAUGAGAAACGAGGAGAUGGACCCAGCUCUCAGGUUCGAGCUUUUCGAUGAUGAGGUAGUGCCUGACAACAAUCUCAGAUCUGUGGGUUCAAUACAGGCCAGGGAUCAUCUUGCUCACAAUCUCUUACACCAUGGUCUUGCAGGCACUAGUUUCCUAUAGGAUCUUCUUCUAGCAUACAGGUCCUCUACUAAUGGGUUUCAGUUUUUGUCAUUCUUUUGGCUGUAGUUGCCUCUCAUAGAAUAAAAUAUUAUCAACUUUCUUUAUGGGUUCUCUGUAAAAUAUUUUUGGCCCUUUGUUUAACUAAUAGAAAA